UCCGCGCCCUGAAACUUUUUUUUUUGGUCGGUCGGUCGUUCUUCUUCAAACCCAGAAACCGAUGGGUGGUUUACGAAACUCCGGCGUCGUUAUCGGAAUUAUUUUGCUACAUCUCUUUACUUUCGCCUCUCUUGUUUCAUCCGAUGAACUUCUCUUCGUUGUGGGAGAAACCAGAGGGCUUCAAGUCACUCCUAGUUUAGAGGUCAAGGGUUCUCCUGGAUUGAAGCCAGAUAGAACAACUCUUUGUGAGAGGAUUCAUAUCCAUGGACUUCCAAGGUUUAAACAUCUUGAAAAGUAUGCACAUUCACUCAAGCUGGUAGUUAACGUCUCAACCGCUGGGAAAAUGAGUAACUUUGACGUUUGCUUCCACCGGAAUUUGUCGCUUGCAAUUGGAAUGUGCCCUCAUAGUCGGUGGGAGAAAGCCUCUAAGGGUUCAUGGGUUCAGACAAUGUCACCCUAUGACCACAAAAUCCUUGAUGUUAGGGUAGCUAACAAGGUCACCCUGGAAGUGUAUGCUGUAGAAGAAUUAUUUAUAUAUCGCAUAGUAUUCUUAAUCCUUGGUGCUGUAUUAUUGGCUUCGGCUUCUACACUGAGUCAAUCUUUAGCAUUUUACUACAGUAGCGCCAUGGCUGUGGGUAUUAUCCUUGUUGUGUUGCUUGUUCUCUUUCAGGGAAUGAAGCUUCUACCAACUGGACGGAGUUCGUUUGCAUUGUUCAUAUACUCAUCCCUGCUUGGUUUGGGUGGUUUUCUUCUUCCCUACAUACCUGGAUUGUUUCAAAGUGUGCUUACAGAGAUGGGAAUCAACGAAGAAAUGUACACACCUGUGGCGAUUUUUGUGGGGGCGUUUCUAUCUCUGGGUGGAGCUUUCUUCGGAUUUUGGACUGUGAGAAAACUUAUUCUGACCGAAGAUGGCUCCAUUGACGUUAGCACAUCACUCUUUGUUUCUUGGUCCAUUCGAAUAAUGGCUGCGGUUUUGAUUCUUCAGAGCUCUGUGGAUCCUUUGCUUUCUGGAGGAGCAUUGAUAUCUGUAAUUCUUAUGUCAUCAACUUUAAAGAAGAUCACCAGAUUGAAGUUUCUUCUACGCUUGUACGAGAUUCCACUAAAUUUACUGCUAGGAAUCUGGGAGGCAAUUCGUGAUGCUGAUAUACCAUCUGUCCCAGGAUAUCUUCAUGACUUCAUGCAAAAGAGUUCUGAUGCUUCUGAAUUUCGCAACAAUGUUAAUUUUGCUUCUUCAUCAGGAGGAAUCAACAACGGGAUGCGAGAAUCUCCUCCAUCUGAAGCAGAUACUUUUCCUUCCUUUUUCCAUAAAACUCCUGAAAGGAGCAAACUAACAAAAGAAGAAUGGAAAAAGCUCACUAAGGAUAGCACCACGAAGGCGGUGCAAGAAUUGGUAUCUUCACCGGAUUUUGGCAAAUGGGCAGCAGUAAAUGCUGAUCGGAUCAACAUAUCUCCGAGAAAAGAGUAUCGUAGGACAGACCGGCCACGGAAAUGGCUGGGUUGGUUCUAAAGUAACUCGGUUUUAGUCUCAAACCGUUCAAAGAGAAAACAAACUUUUUUGUAGAGAGACAGAGAGAGCUCUUGUAGGUAAAGUUGCUUUUUUUUCUUUUAUGACUUGGUUAGUGUUAUAGCUUUUGUGGAUGAUACUUUUUCCCCUUCACGAUUUGUUGUAACGAUCCUAAUUGGUUUUUUAGGUUGUGCUCAUGUCUGUGUGUAGACAAUGCAAUGAGCAUUCUUUUUCCUUUUAUGGUCUUUAAUGGGUUCUACUUUUCAUGAUGAUGUGAAUCUUUAGGUAUGGAUAUAUUAAUAUUCGAAUAAUUAUUUUACUA